AAGAUGUUGUUGGAUUCAGUUCUACCACAUACACCACCACUGAAACAAAUGGAAGUGUUACAGUCUGUGUUACUGUUAUAAACGCACCUUUUGGAGCUGUCCAACCAUUCAAUGUAACCGUACUGCGUAGACAAGGAUAUUCUUUGAUUGAGUGCAUUCAAAGAGCUAUACUUUCAGCGGGGAAGUUUGGAAAUGUGUCAUGAGUACGAAAUUGAGCAAGACGAUAACUGUGAACUGGAGGGAGAACAGACAUACUUUAAUCUUCAGCUGAGUGUAACAUCUACAACUCUACUGAGCAUCGAUCCAUUAUUAUCUACUACAACAGUUACUAUUGAUGAUAACAGAGAGAAAGAAUGCUAUGUGAGUGUGUGGUAUGAGAACACAAACUACACAAUCUCUGAAAUGACAGGUGUUGUGGAGCUAUGUGUCACCGCCAGUUCUCCUGGAAUUGACGAAAUAUUUACUCUCAGCGUCACAACUGACACCACUGCAUUUCCUACAGAUUUUUUAAAGCAAAGCACUUACAACUUACAUUGUGUGGUAAAUAGUACCAAUCCAGAGAUAACAAAGUGCUACGACGUUUCGUUUGACUUUGAUGCUAUUACCUGCGAAUACUUCGACUGCAGUGCAUUAAAGACUGUGGUGGCUACCAUAACUAAAGAUGAAACUUCUCGUGUCACCCUCAAUAGACCAAUGACUUCAAUUAUCAUUGAAUUACCACCCAACAAAUGUCCUGACUGCGAUACUUCUAGUAGUCCGUCCUCUUCAUCAAGCAACAUUAUUAUUGCAGCUACCAUUCCAGCAGUGGUUGUAGUAAUUGCCAUACCCUCUAUGGCAGUCGUCAUCAUGCUAAUACUCUACUGGAAAAAGACUACGAAAAAGCUGCAAAUUCUACUUGAAGAACGCGCAAGAAAUGUGCCCAUCAGUGAUCAUUCACUCGAUAAGACCAUAAAGACUUCUAUCUUGUCCUCACAAUUGAGAGAGCAACUAAAAGGAAAAGGGAUGUUAUUCUGCAAAGAGGAACUUGAGCUUUCAAACACUGUGGGUCAAGGAGAGUCAGGACUGUAUACAAGGGAUAUCGGACCACUGGAAUAGGGAAGGAACUGGUUGCUGUCAAAACUGGAAAAGCGCUCUUUUCCACCAGUGAUAAGGACCGUUUGGCAAAGGAGGGUCUACCAUGUGUCAAUUUAAGCACACUAAUGUCAUGCCUUUACUUGGAGUAUGCCUUGAUGAAGACACGCCCCUACUGAUUAUGCCAUUCAUGAACGAAAGGAGUGUUAUUGGAGUUUGUUAAACAUCGCAAAAGGAGCUGGCUCUGUAUCAAUGCACUGAGAAGCUGAGAUUUGUCUUCCAGGAAAAUUCUACUGAAUAUUGUCACACAUCUCAAGGGUAUGGAGAUCUGCAGUGCAAAAGUUUGUCACCGCGAUCUGGAGCACGGAACUGCAUGACUCGACGUGAUGGAGUGAUAAAGGUCGCAGAUUUGGACUAACCGAGGACAUGUAUGGCACAAUACUUCCGUCCAGUCGAGAAAGGGAGAGGUGGGAGUGAGAGAAGGUGGCCAGCAGGUGGAUGGCUCCGCGAGCGCAUGAGGCAGAGAUCUACGCUUUGAGCCCACUGAUGUGUGGUCAGUUGGAGAUGACAGUGUGGGAGCAUCGUCACUUGCGGGAGGAUCCCAUACACUGGUGCUC